AUGGACCGCGGUGAACAAUCAGUUUCCAGCCGAGGCCAUCAGAGGAGCAACCAGCAGGUCGUUGCUGGGAAGCACCCCUAUGAUUCACCUUGCACCCAACGAACAGAGGAUCACUCAGAGCAUAAUGAUAGUUAUCCUGUCGGCCCUGUCUUUCUUCCGGAGCUUCAGACAACCGCAAGAGAUCAAGAACGACAGGUCGUCGAAAGACUCCCCAUUAUACCGACUUUACCCGACCCUAAUCUGCAGCAGUCCUUUGCCGAGACAUAUUUUGAAUACUGCCAUCCAUGGUGCCCAGUUCUAGAUCGGGAUAGUCAUGGUGAAGAUUUGAUGCGGUCUCCUCUGCUAGUGAACGCCCUAGCUUUGGUUGGAAGUCAUGUCAACAACUCGGAUUUCAUCGCGAACCUCCUCUCGAUCAUCCACUCCGGCGGCAGAUAG